UGGAGAGGAAUUAUAUGGAGAGCAGCAUAACUGUUCGUUACAGUGUUUGAGAUACAGUCCUUAGGGAAGGUACAUUUUAGAAAUAACAUAAAGUUUGCAUCUCUCGAGAAGAACAUUGCAAAAACGAUUAGCCAUGCAGUUUGUCGUUUUAUAUAUAAUCGUCAUCUUGUUUUCACAAUUGUCAACUUGCUGGUCCACACAAGCAAUAGACAACGAUGGUUACAAUGUUUACAAUGUCGUAGAAUUUCCAUCAAAUUACGUGGACGAGUCGGUGCAAUAUCUCUGUGAAGAUGAUACAAUUUCUUUAAAUUUCUCAAAUGCAGUAAUCUCUGAGAUUAAUCAAAAUUUUAUCAGUAGUUCUAUAAUUACUUGCCUCAACCUCACGGAUAAUAAUAUUGAGAACAUUGGUAACGGCGCCUUUGACAAACUUCCAAAUUUAACUCACUUGUUUCUUUCGAACAAUAGACUCAUAAGUGGUCUUUUUAAUUUUGGAAGUCACAAUAAGUUACAAGUUCUUAUUAUGAAUAAGGUAAAAAAUUCGAAUUACUGUUUUAAUGAUGAUUAUAUUUCCGGCGAAUAUCCAAACUUAGAAAUUUUGUCUCUCCGUAAAAAUUGUUUGCAUAAUUUGCAGUCUUUGCGGUUUCCGUUUCCUAAAUUAAAGAUGUUGGAUCUCUCCGGAAACAAUAUAAGAGAAACCGAAUUUGUAAAACUCCUACCGAAUAGUUUAUACUUUCUUGAUCUUCAUAACAAUUCACUUGGAACUUUGGAUUUAAAUCAAAGAAGCAACAAAUUGUUCGCAUUAAAUUUAAAUAACAAUCGUUUUAAUUCCAUUAAAAAUUGGUUCGAAUGGGAUAGUGGUCUAUCAUUGCUUAAUUUGAAAGAUCUACAAUAUCUUUCGGUUUCCGAAAAUGAGAUUGAUAAUAUCGAUUCAAAUGCUUUUCAAGACAAUAACGAACUGCUCUACUUGAAUUUAUCCUCAAAUUACAUAAAAUAUUUACAUCCAAAGACAUUUGCAAAUUUGCAGUAUUUAAAAACGCUCGAUUUAA